AUGUUCUGUCUACGGAGCUGGCUCCCUCUCCUCUUCAUCCCAACAAACGCCUCCCCCCUCUUCAUAAUCUCCUUCGUCGCCUUAACCUACAUCAUCCACCGACCAUGCAUAUACUGCUCCGCCCUCCUUCUUAUCCUCUUCGCAUCUUCCUGCCACUGGUCUGACCGCUGCAUCUUCGAUCUACGCAGUAACUGGUUUGCACCGCGCUACAGCUCAAGCCCAACAAACCCAAGCACCCUAUCCAACAACGCCACCAUCGCCGCCCCAAUCCCCGGCGACAGCCUCGCAGGCUUCGUCUUCGACACAUUCAACUCGACCGCCAAAGCACUCGCCAGCGCCGCGGUAGAAAGUGCCCAGACCCGACUCGGGGUGGAUUCCAAGCCGGCCGAAUGGACGGGCGUGGGCCUGGAGUGGUUGCGUGAUGUGCUGGGCCGUCGAGAAUGGACGCUGCCUUGUGUGGAUGUGAAAGUUCGGCUCUAG